CUUCUUCAAGUUUGUUCUCCAGUAAGAAGAAAAAAAAACGGUUUCGAGGUGGAACAGGGACCGAUAUUCUUCACUCACGUCCCCUCUUUCUCCCCGACUACUCUCGAAGAGCACAGAGAACAGCGGUUACUUACGAUUCUACAGUCAACCUCUGGACAUCCACCUGUGAGGACGGAGGUGUUCGACCCCACGACAUCCGGUGCGGUGACAUGAACGGUGUUUAAGAAACUCGUGUUCCCUCGUUUUAAUCCUGCACCUUCGUUUAACCGUGUUUUUCGAUCGAUUAAUGUAACCGAUUGAUCAAUCGUAUCAUCGACAUCGGACCGAGAAAAGGAUUCAAACACAAAGUGUUAACAGACACACACGGUUCUCCUCACGAUGUCCAGGUACAUCGGUCUGAUUCUCCUUAUCACGAUGUGCGGCCACGUGUACGGCAGCAAAAGGUGCGAGGGGAAUGGUUUAGGCUUGAAGUACGUAUGGGGAGACGCUUUAUCCGAUCCGGCAGACUGUGUAGGACCAAACAACAUGCAGUAUCCGUCAGCGGCGAUCUCGAGGAGUUACAAGAACCUGUGGGCAACCAGUCGAACCGCAAGAGCUCAUCAGCCUCGAACAAUUGAUCCUGAAUUGACGAGGCAGGCGCUUCUGCAUAAUUACAAGGUCGCUCGUGGUGACUACUCGAUCGCUGAAUCCUCGCGCAACGGACGCGCAUUCACCCCAAAAGAAAGCUGCGGUUCGCCAGCUAGAUUAUGUAAAACUAGGUACAACACCACGGCGCCGAUGUACGGGGUCAGCUUAACCAGUGGACAGCCGGUGACCAUCGUGCAAAAGUUUCCUGACCUUCUGCAGCAGGUCGUGUUCGAGGUUUGCGAGUCGAAAGAGUGCGACGUGGUCCACGGCGAGUGCACGCAGACGUACGUACCAUACCUGUUUCUUGUGAUUCCUCUCGGACCAGUGACCUUGACCGGUCAAGAUUACGUUCUCGUUGAGAGCGGUUGCGUCUGCAAGCCGAGAAAUUCGGCGAGCUCCUCGUCGGAGUCCGCAGCCGUUCCAAGCUUCUAAAGGGUUCUUUGAACCCGAGUGAUCGGCAUCGAGCACACCGGAUAGCUGGAGGAUAGCUCGAGAGCCGUGUCGAAUGCGACGGAAUCGGUGGAUGGUGACCCGUAGCUCGAACAACCUCGAGUCCGAGAGACCUAGUGACCUCUUUCAGACGUAGCUAGCUAAGAAUGCUGAAGAGCAGCAUAGAAGAUUGAUAGGAAAAUGAUUUCUCGGUCGAAAUCUAGAAAAUGGACGAUAUUAUUACGUACCUCUGCUCCGCAACAGGGUACAUACUCUUCAUUACCAUAGAACGAUCGACUUCCUUAGCUUAUCCAGAGGAAGGAAACUCUUCUGGCAAGCUAAAGACUCUUCGUCUCGAAUUUUCCAUGAAAUUAACUUCCUUGGAAAAAUAGGCGAAUUUAGCAUCGAGAUGACGAGAAAGAGGACGUGCAUAGAUCCGAAAGACUCUCAUCGAUGUGUCCUCGUUAAGUCGACAGAGUUGUUUCAUUGUUGGAUUCGCUGGUCCGCAAACUGUCUUCCUGUCUCGAAAGAAGGGAAGGAAACAUCGCUAAAUUGAAAGGAAGUUCGAAGAAGCUAUUUCAGCGUGAAAAAAAUAAAUCGGAGCAGCGACGGUCGUUUCGCGGAAUCCGGUCUCGGAAUCCGAUCGAGUUCACUAGACCUGACCGCGAGAGCCGGUUUCGAGCAGGUGUACAGGGCAGCUAUAGUGUUCGGCGAGAAGCAUCGGCCAGUUUAUUCUUUCGAAACGCAUCGUAAAGUUAUAUCAUUUGCCUGGGACGGCUCGUAACCAGCCGGAAACGUUCUUAAUGGCGUUCGCCGGUUCUCCGUCGAACGGUCGACGUCGUUACACGAUCGUUGCUCGUUCUCUUUCGUUCCAUCACACUAUAAUUCCUUCGAACGCGUUUCCUUGUAUCGUAUACACCCGAACGGUGCCAAUUAAUUGACCGGAACGGAUGUUCAACGAACGAUAGUAUCCCUGAUUUUGUUUUUUCGAUGCAUUAACGCGUUCCAUGGCGCGCGAAAUUUGAAAUUCAUGGUAAAUCAACUUGAAAAAUUGCAUUCAUUUUUGUUUUUCUUAUUUGAAAGUAAAAAGAGAACACCGUGAGGUAGUAGUAAUUCAUGCAAAACGAAGAACAACGUUGUUUUGCAUUAAAUUUAAUAUAAAAAUCACUUCUAUCCCACGAUCUUCCCUGGUGGGAAGAAAUUGGAAAUUGCCAAGAAUCACGAAGAAUACCAAGGAAGAAUGGCUCGUUCUUAUUCUAGCGUCGAAGUCGGUUAAAUCGCUCGCGAGACACGCCACUGGCCCGCUUAUGCUUCUCAGAACCGGACUUCGCUUCAACGCUGCUCGCGUUGGAAUCAUACCGACAAACAGGAUGGACGUGCAGUCCCAGUACGAAUGGACCGUACCAUGAAUUCCGAUGAGUAAAAUGUACCGUUAGUCCUGCUUUGCGGGACCCUUCACCUCGAUAUACUUAGCCCGGUUAUUUCAUAGAUGAGGAGACCCCUGUGGCGCCCAAAAGUGGCCGAGUUCAUUCAUAUCUCGCCACUUAUCAACCAUAGUCGUAAAUGAUCACUUCGUACUGGACGCAAAUAUUUAAUUUAAUAUAUAAGCCUGAAUAAAAUAAUUCUGUUUCAAAAA